CUUUGAUGGCUCGGACCUCUGCCGGCCACCGCYAGCCCAGCUCGCGCGCCCGCGCCGCCGCCGCCUGCGGGUAUUAAUAGUCCGCGCCGCAGCCUCAGGCGCAGCCGGGAGCCGCCGCGCCCUCGCCAGCCGGGGGCUCGGGAGCUGCAGAUCCCGCAGCCAGGACCGGGAGCCGCCGGAACCGCCGGCGCCGCCGAGCACACAGAAAAUCAGAUUCAGCCUGCGAGGUUUUCUUUGCUGCUCUCCCGACUGCAGAUGUCUCCGCUGUGUCUGAGGGUGUGUGCCAGCCUGUCAUCAGCGCCGCGUUUUCUUCUGGAUGGAACAAAGGAAGGGUGUCCUGCGGUGGGAGACACGGGAGAGUUUGAGCUGAUGAGCAGCGACUGGGCCUGGAUAUUCUACAAGCUACUUUCAUCAUGGGGGAAAUAGAGCAGAAGCCCACCCCAGGCUCACGACUGGGAGCACCAGAGAAUUCGGGGAUCAGCACCCUGGAACAUGGGCAGAAGCCUCCUCCGACGCCUUCAGGAAAACUCAUGUCCAUCAAAAUCCAGAUGCUGGACGACACCCAGGAGGCCUUUGAGGUUCCACAAAGAGCUCCAGGGAAGGUGUUGCUGGACGCCGUGUGCAGCCACCUCAACCUCGUGGAGGGCGACUACUUUGGCCUCGAGUUUCCUGAUCACAAAAAGAUCACGGUGUGGCUGGAUCUCUUAAAACCUAUUGUGAAGCAGAUUCGAAGGCCAAAACAUGUUGUUGUUAAGUUUGUGGUGAAAUUCUUUCCACCUGACCACACACAACUCCAGGAGGAACUCACCAGGUACCUGUUUGCUCUGCAGGUGAAGCAGGACCUGGCCCAAGGCAGGCUGACGUGCAAUGACACCAGCGCCGCCCUCUUGAUCUCACACAUCGUACAAUCUGAGAUUGGGGAUUUUGAUGAAGCAUUGGACAGAGAGCACUUAGCAAAAAACAAGUACAUACCUCAGCAAGAUGCGCUAGAAGACAAAAUCGUGGAAUUUCACCACAACCACAUUGGACAAACACCAGCAGAGUCCGAUUUCCAGCUCCUGGAGGUGGCCCGUCGACUGGAGAUGUACGGGAUCCGGUUGCACCCGGCCAAGGACAGGGAAGGCACUAAGAUCAACUUGGCUGUGGCCAACACGGGAAUCCUAGUGUUUCAGGGUUUCACCAAGAUCAAUGCCUUCAACUGGGCCAAGGUGCGGAAGCUGAGCUUCAAGAGGAAGCGCUUUCUGGUCAAGCUGCGUCCAGAUGCGAAUAGCUCAUACCAGGACACCUUGGAAUUCCUAAUGGCCAGUCGGGAUUUUUGCAAGUCCUUUUGGAAAAUCUGUGUGGAACAUCACGCCUUUUUUAGACUUUUYGAAGAGCCCAAACCAAAGCCAAAGCCUGUUCUCUUUAGUCGAGGGUCAUCAUUUCGCUUCAGCGGUCGGACUCAGAAGCAGGUUCUCGACUAUGUUAAGGAAGGAGGACACAAAAAAGUGCAGUUUGAAAGAAAACACAGCAAGAUUCAUUCCAUCCGGAGCCUUGCUACGCAGCCCACAGAACCAAAUUCAGAAGUGCCAAAACAGUCUCCGCAGAGCACCAGCCUUACCUUCGGAGAAGGUGCCGACUCCCCCGGUGGCCAGAGCUGCCAGCCAGGAAAGGAACUGAAAGUGUCCACCCCAGAGUCAGGGCCACACCAAAGCCCCGCUCUGAAGAAGAGCCCCGCGGGGAGCAAGCCGGCAGACAGAGCCACCAAGGCGCCACCCGAGGAAGAGGAGGAGGAGGAGGGCGUCAGGGAGCGCGUCCCGCAGAGUAAACCUCAGCCCCCGCAGCCGAGCACAGGCUCCCUGACUGGUAGCCCUCACCUUUCAGAGCUGUCCAUCAACUCACAGGGAGGAACGGCCCCCACCAACGUGACCUUGUCUCCCAACCUGAGCCCUGACACCAAGCAGGCCUCUCCCCUGAUCAGCCCGCUGCUGAAUGACCAGGCGUGUCCCAGGACGGACGACGAGGAGGAGGGCCGGAGAAAGAGAUYCCCAACCGACAAGGCAUACUUCAUCGCUAAAGAGGUGUCCACCACUGAGCGGACGUAUCUGAAGGAUCUUGAAGUCAUCACUUCGUGGUUUCAUAGCACCGUGAGCACAGAGGACGCCAUGCCCGAAACAUUGAAAAGUCUCAUUUUCCCGAAUUUUGAACCUUUGCACAAAUUUCAUACCAAUUUUCUCAAGGAAAUCGAGCAACGACUGGCCCUGUGGGAAGGCCGCUCAAAUGCCCACCUCAGAGAUCACCAAAGAAUCGGAGACGUCAUGCUGAGGAACAUUCAGGGCAUGAAGCCCCUGGCAGCGCACCUCUGGAAGCAUGGCGAGGCACUGGAGGCGCUGGAGAACGCCAUCAGGAGCUCGAGGCGCCUGGAGCUCCUCUGCAGAGACUUCGAGCUGCAGAAGGUGUGUUACCUGCCGCUCAACACCUUCCUCCUGCGCCCGCUGCACCGGCUCAUGCACUACCAGCAGGUCCUGGAGCGUCUGUGCAAGCACCACGCGCCCAGCCACGCAGACUUCAGGGACUGCCGAGCCGCGUUGGCAGAGAUGACGGAAAUGGUGGCGCAGCUGCAYGGUACGAUGAUCAAGAUGGAGAACUUCCAGAAGCUGCACGAACUCAAGAAAGACUUGAUUGGCAUUGACAAUCUCGUGGUUCCCGGGAGGGAGUUCAUCCGCCUGGGCAGCCUCAGCAAGCUCUCGGGGAAGGGGCUCCAGCAGCGCAUGUUUUUCCUGUUCAACGAUGUCUUGCUGUACACCAGCCGGGGACUGACCGCCUCCAACCAGUUUAAAGUCCACGGGCAGCUCCCGCUCUAUGGCAUGACGAUCGAGCAGAGCGAGGACGAGUGGGGGGUGCCCCACUGCCUGACCCUGCGAGGCCAGCGGCAGUCCAUCAUCGUGGCCGCCAGUUCUCGGUCCGAGAUGGAAAAGUGGAUUGAGGACAUCCAGAUGGCCAUUGACCUGGCAGAGAAGAGCAGUGGCCCCACACCYGAGUUCCUGGCCAGCAGCCCCCCGGACAACAAGUCCCCCGACGAAGCCACCACGGCCGACCAGGAGUCRGAGGACGACCUGAGUGCCUCACGCACCUCACUGGAGCGCCAGGCCCCUCACCGCGGCAACACGAUGGUGCACGUGUGCUGGCACCGCAACACCAGCGUCUCCAUGGUGGACUUCAGCGUCGCCGUGGAGAACCAGCUGUCUGGGAACCUGCUGAGGAAAUUCAAAAACAGCAAUGGAUGGCAGAAGCUGUGGGUGGUGUUCACSAACUUCUGUCUGUUCUUCUACAAGUCACACCAGGACAAUCAUCCCCUCGCCAGCCUGCCUCUGCUCGGGUACUCGCUCACCGUCCCCUCCGAGGCCGAGAACAUCCACAAGGACUAUGUGUUCAAGCUGCACUUCAAGUCCCACGUAUACUACUUCAGGGCUGAGAGCGAAUACACGUUCGAAAGGUGGAUGGAAGUGAUCCGAAGUGCCACCAGCUCUGCCUCUCGGGCCCAUGUUUCAAGUCACAAAGAAUCUCACAUGUAUUGAUGGCUGGACGCACUCCACGGCUGGCUCACCGUCUGUGACGAAGCCAGCCACACUGUCACCUGUCUGAACAUGGUUUCACAGUGACUCCCGCCCGUCUCCCUCCGCGGCCAUCUCCUCACCUUGUCUUCUCCACUGCUGAGUUCUCCUUGGAACGGGGCCUCCCACCUCCAGGCCUGGGGGCCUUCUGCUGUCAUUCUCAUGGGGACUGUUCUUGGGCUUGUGCCAGUAUUGCAGCAUUGUCAUUAAAGAGUGCCAAACGACAUUCCUUCCCCACGCCUGCACCUCUAACGCGGUGCACACGCAUCCGUUCGACCGAGGACAGGGCAAGUGCUCUUCUUUUUCUUAGAAAAGGACUUUUAGUAAUCCACCUGCGGGCUGCUGUUUUAAAAAUGGAUUUUUCCAGUGUUCGCCACUCGUGGCGGUCUUAAGCAAAUGAGAUCGUUUUCAGGUUUCAUUUCCCCCCAAUCUUUCUACUUUUAUAACAGGAGGUCCACAGGACUCACUUYCCUUGACUAAUAAGCAGUUCCCAGCGCACUCCGCUCCGCUGAGGGGCCCACGCUCCAGUGACACACUUGUUACCUGGCCUACUUCUUGGUGAAGUUGACCAAAUCGAUUCCUCUUUACAAACCGUAGCGGGUGGUUUUCUGUUCGGAGGAGCAGGGACCCAGUGCGCCCCUGACUGCUGCUGUCCUGUGAGUGGUGUGUACGAUGGUGUUUGCUGUGUUUCACAAGCAUGAGAACCUGUGUGUCACUGACCAGGGCCAUUUGUGCUGUUCCGUUCUGGGGUGUCAUGUGAGCUUCAUGGAUACAGGAGCCUGUACAGUCAUGGUACGUAGUCCCAGCCCCCGUGACCAGACCCCUCCCCUCCCGCCUCCGUGGUUGGAAACCACGCGAUCUCUAGUAGUUAUCUACCGUGCCUGUCUUCACUCUUUAGACCCACCCCCCGGGCAUGGGGUACCGGCAGAGUAACACUGCACCCCUGGACGGUCACGCUUCGCUGGGAACCUGGUGUCCCAGUGCCCACAGGUGGGCAGCGUCGACCCGUUCCCUGUGGCGACCAGGUGGCUGCCAUUCCCUUCRCACUCUUGAGCCCUGCCUGACGAUAGUCGGCCCAUUCAGCACGGUUCUGUCCCAUGUCCUCACAGGGAGGCCACUUCCCUGAACACUGGGCACACCGUCAUGGAGCUGUGGCUGGUGUCCACGAGGGACGGGCGGACAAGAGCUCAAGACGUGUCAUCCUUUGCCUUACGAUAUGUACCAGAUGGUUUCAAGCACUAACAAAGGGAAUAAAAAUACCUCACGCCAAAAUCCAGCAUAUUGAAGUCUUAAGGCAAAAC